AUGGAAUUUUAUCAGGAUGCAGUUAUAUUUGUGACAGGUGCCACCGGUUUUGUGGGCAAAACUUUACUGGAAAAGCUUCUAUGGAGUUUUCCACAGCUCAGCUGUAUUUAUAUUUUGAUACGCGAGAAAAAUGGUAAAACUGCCCAGCAACGAUUCAAUGAAUUUUGUCAACAUAAGAUCUUUGAACGUUUGCGUCAGCAUUAUCCGCAACGUUUGCGUAAGCUGCGUUUUUUGGCGGGAGAUAUUGAAAAGGAAGAUUUUGGUCUCAGUAAUGUCGACAAAAAAAUCUUGUGUGCCGAGGUGAACAUAAUUUUUCAUAGUGCCGCCACAGUUCGCUUCAAUGAACGUCUAAAGGUUGCCGCAAUUGUAAAUUCCGUGGCCACAUGGAAUCUAUUGGAGAUGUGUAAGGAUAUGCCGCUGCUAAAGAGUUUCGUUUAUGUUUCAACGGCAUAUUGCAAUCCGGGACGGAAAUAUGUUGACGAAGAAAUCUACCCUACCCUGCCACCAGUCAAUUGGAAAUAUUUUGUGGACUGUGCCUUAAAAAUACCCGACGAGUACUUUAAUAGUUUGGCCAAUUAUAUCAAGGGUCCUCAUCCGAACACUUAUACCUUCACAAAAUCGAUUGCCGAACAAAUUGUCAACGAUUAUAAACAUCGCCUGCCAAUUGUCAUUGUACGGCCUUCUAUAGUGACAGCAUCAUAUCGUGAACCCUAUCCCGGUUGGAUUGAUAAUAUUCAGGGUAUCACCGGGAUAAUGAUGGAAAUUGGCAAGGGUUCGAUAAGCAGUAUCUUGGGUGAUAAAAAUGUCAUAUGCGAUAUUAUACCUGUUGAUUUUGUGGUUAAUUCUAUGAUAAUGACAGCGCAGAGGGCUACGCUGGGAAGAAUUUUCAUAUCCAACUGCACCUCGGGAGUUACCAACCCCAUAACCUGGCAGCGUUUGGGUUGUUUAACACUCAAAUGGUCACGAAUCUAUCCGACCCGUAAGGCCUUUAUGUUUCCCUAUUUCCAGUACCGCAAAAGCUUCCUAAUGCAUGAUAUUGCCGUGUAUCUGCUACAUUAUGUUCCGGCCAUUAUGAUGGAUUUAUUAGCCCUAGCUCUGGGUCAGAAGAGAAAAAUGGUCUUACCCAUAGCCAAGAAGUUCCGACAGGCCUGUUUGGCGGGAAAAUGUUUCUCUUUAAAUGAGUGGAUUUUUAUGAAUGGCAGCCGUUAUUAUUAUGAGGAUGUGUUGGGUUCGGGAGCCUUCCCAUGCCUCUAUUGGAAUUUGAAGUCCUUGGAUUAUGAAAUUUAUAUACGGCAAUUUGUCAUUGGAAUACAGAAAUAUUUACACCAGGAGCGGUUUCGUGAAAAUUCCAAUAAAUGGCAGAUCACAAGAUUAUAUUGGUUUUGGAUAUUCCUGCAUGUCUUCAUCACCCUGGUGUUAUUGUAUAUAAUUCUCUAA